GUGCGACACUGUGAGUAGCUGCUUGGUGUGACUUUAAAGUUGGUCCGGGGGGGAAUGCGAGGAGUCAGUCAAUUAAACGGAACCAGGGUAACAGUUAUCAAACAAACUCCCUGAAAAAAUGUACGAUGAGCCAGAAAAAACCAAACGUUGGGAAGGAGGCUAUGAACGGACUUGGGAAGUCCUGAAAGAAGAUGAGUCAGGUUCUCUUAAAGCUACUGUUGAUGAUCUUCUCUUCAAAGAAAAAAGAAGAAGAGUAUUUGAGCAGCAUGGACAAGUUAGACUUGGAAUGAUGCGGCACUUGUAUGUGAUAGUAGACAUGUCAAGAUCAAUGGAAGAUCAGGAUUUGAAACCGAACCGACUUACCUCAACGUUAAAGUUGCUGGAAUACUUUGUAGAAGAAUAUUUUGAUCAAAAUCCUAUUAGUCAGAUUGGUAUUGUUACUACAAAAAACAAAAGGGCAGAAAAACUUACUGAACUUGCAGGAAAUCCGAAAAAGCAUAAAGAAGCUUUGAAGAAAGCUGUAGGUAUGCCAUGCAGUGGAGAACCUUCACUUUACAAUUCACUCACCUUGGCCAUGGAGACUUUGAAGCACAUGCCAGGACACACCAGUCGUGAAAUACUUGUCAUUUUUAGCAGUCUUACUACAUGUGACCCAUCCAACAUUUAUGACCUUAUUAAGUGCUUGAAGACUGCUAAAAUCAGAGUGUCUGUGAUUGGUCUGUCGGCAGAAGUUCGAGUUUGCACUGUUCUCACCCGCGAGACUGGUGGUACAUACCAUGUUAUUUUAGAUGAGAGCCAUUUUAGAGAGCUGCUUAGUUAUCACGUGAGACCUCCACCUGCCAACUCCAAUUCAGAGUGUUCUCUUAUUCGUAUGGGUUUCCCCCAGCAUACAAUGGUAUCUUUAUCAGAUCAGGAUGCAAAACCAUGUUUCAGCAUGGCACAUUUAGAUAGCAGCAGUGGACCAGUCUUAACACUUGGUGGAUAUUAUUGUCCCCAGUGCAGAGCUAAAUAUACUGAACUGCCUGUGGAAUGCAAAGUGUGUGGUCUUACACUAGUGUCUGCACCUCAUUUGGCAAGGUCUUACCACCACCUGUUUCCAUUGGAUGCAUUCAGAGAAACUUCCUUAGAGGAGAUUCAAGGAGAAAGGUAUUGUCAAGGUUGCCAGGGGGAAUUGAAAGAUCUAAAUGUAUACAUUUGCAAUUCGUGCCAGAACGUCUAUUGUGUGGAGUGUGAUAUUUUUAUUCAUGAUACCUUGCAUUGUUGUCCUGGAUGUAUUCACAACCAAUGCAAUCCUUAAUGACUAUCAAAUAUAUUAUGAGAUUAAUGAGUAACCAACUAAGGGAAUAUUGUCUGUAUCCAUUGCCAAGAGCCUCAAAGUGCUGAAACGUACUUUACUUAUAUACCACCUGACCUGCUAAAUGUGAUUCUGACCUGAAGCUUUACAAUUAUAGCUAUGUUAAAAUAAAUAGUUUUGCAACACUGUCAAUUAUAUAAGUUUCAUUAGUCGUGAUCACAUUGUUGUAGACAUAAGUUACCUACUUGUUAAGCUUCUUUGUUUUCAGUUUUUAUUGAUUUCCCCAUUCAUAAUUUUACAAAUUUAUUUUCUGAUUAGUUUUUUUUUACUAAGUUUCACCUGAAAAUUAACAGACCUGGGAUGUACCUUGGAUUCAGUUGGUCAGUGCUUUUCACAAUGUUCCUCUGAACCACAUGACCAAUAAUCUCUAAACUGUGGUGAAUCAGCUAACUUAAGUUGGAGUAGCUAAGGAUUUUACAAAUGGCUUCUGUGUACCUAAGAAGAAAAGCAGCUAGCCUUCCUAACCAAUGAGUUCUGCUUGGAAUUACAUGUAUUGAAUUUGGACAGAACUGGAAUUGGCUGUCAUGCCUCAUAAUCACAUAGAUGAUCAGCAGUUGUCUUGUACAUGAAGAAUGACCAUUUGGGCAAUAUCUGGGGUCUCCUAGCAUCUAUGGGGCCCAGCCUGAGUUAGCAUGUUAAUGUGAGGGUGAAGGAAAGAAAGAAAUUUUGACUCAUUUAGUAAAAAGAUCUAUUUUUCUGUGCCCCUGUCAACUGCAUUAUUAUCUACUGCAAUAUUGAAGGGUAAACUAUGUACUUAUGGUGGUACUAUUUUCUAUUUUAUUUUUAAAAUAUCAAAGACAUACUUUUUGUUAGUUUUCCACAUUAGCUUCACCUAGAAAAUUAAACUCAUGUUUUUUCUUCCUAAUUUCACUUGGAUUGAUUAUUUUAAAAUUUGCUUUGCUUCACUGCUGCAGCAACCAUGGAAGUGUUAUAGCCAAACUCAUUACAGCUCUUGACUGACAAACAAGUACAUACAGUUAGAAUCCACUGAAUAGCAGUCUGAAUGGAAACCCUGAUGCUCCUAAUUUGUAGCACCGCUAGUUGCGAUUAGUUAACUUGGCACCGAUUGUGAAUUGAAUCUGGGAACUUAAGGUCUCUGUGAUUUAUUACUAUACAAGACAAUGUCUUUAUCCACAAGAAAAUCAGGAAUUUAAUAUUUUCUGAAAUUUAAACAAAAUUAAAGUUGAAAAUCUACCUAUAGAAGAUGAAUACUGUAUAAAAAAUGUUUAUUUGUGAAAAGUAGGUUUCAGUUGCUAGUUUACACAUGUGGGGUUCCCUUUUUUAGCUAAUAAAUGUAUAAAACUUAUAGUUUAAAUGUAUAGUUUGACACUGGUUAGCUUUGUUUUUUUAGCACUUAGGAGCUAUAUUUCAAGCCACUCAUCAUUCCAGAAAUUGAAGAGUCCUGUAUUUACAAUGCUUCUUGUUUCAUCACGUUGUAGUUCAAGCUGUCUUACAAUGGUGUUGCUGUAACAUUUUCAAAAUGUUAAUGACUAGUUCUAUCUAUUAAGCUAGUGUGUGGAGUGAACUAUAUUUGCAUACAUGAUCCCUUUGUUUUACGGAAGUGCUUUUAAAUUUGAAUAAACAAAUCUUAAUUGAAACAACAGACAGGAAGGGAAAAAUGUAGUUUGCUCAUCCAGAGACAUCAAGAUUGCCUUCGUGAAGAAAAUGUAAAUGUUUUCCAAAAUCCAAGUGCAUUUUUUGGUGAUGCAAAUUUAAUUCAGGCUCAUGCAGAAAUGCAAGGUUGUAUUUGUCAGGAAUUUUAAAAAUUAAUGUUUUACGUUCUAACAGCAUUUCAAUGGACUCAUCUUUUUGUGGGUGGACCAUUAAAGUCUGAUCUGUAUGAACAAUGGGCCUUCACCAACAGUAGUAAUUAUUAUAAAACUUAUAAUUGUUGGAUUGCACCCAAGUUGAUUUGUCAUUCCCUGUGCAAGUUGAAUUGUUGGAAGCUGAUCCCGCCUUUGUUUUUGAAGCAUUUUAUAUUUAUUAGAAAGGAGUAAAUGUGCUUCCAAAUACCAUUGAGUACUGUUUAUUUUAUAUUCAAGAGAUUAGUGCUGCAAUGUUGCUAUUAUGUUUAUUAGAUAAGUCUAGUGCUCUCUCAAUUGUGACAAAAUGAAUUCUUAAACCAUCUCAAGUUUUGUAAAAUUAUUGUAUUCAAGACAAUUUGUAUUUUUAUUAUGUGACAUAAAAAACACAUGGUCAUUUUACUUAUCUUUCUAAAAUAAAUGACUAUUUAUAA